GUUGAAAAUUGUGUGUUUGUUUUUUUUGUAUCAAUCGGUUGAGAAGUGCCUCUCUUGUUUUUUUUUCCUCUCUUUCUUCUUUAUUCAUAUUUCACUUUCUUUCUUUCUUUCAAAAUUUCUCACCUUCUUUCUCUUCUCUUCUUUGCUUCUACAGUUUUCAUGGCCAUCGGUGAAAACCGUGUAGAGAAAUAUUAAAUUUGAUAUAUAUUGUGUUAAGUGUUGGUUGGUUGGUUAAUCUCUCUCACUGAUGAAGUUAUCGCCUCUGAGUUUCUCUACGAGUUCGAGUUUCAGUCACGCCGAUGGAAUCGACGACGGUGUUGAGUUAAUAUCAUCUCCAUUUGCCGGCGGCGCAAUGCUGCCGGUUUUUCUCAACGAUUUGAGUCGUAACAGUGGAGAAUCCGGAAGCGGUAGUAGCUGGGAAAGAGAGCUCGUGGAGGUUACGUUAGAGCUCGACGUCGGCGAUGACUCCAUACUCGUCUGCGGAAUGUCUGAGGCGGCGUCUGUUGAUUCUCGGGCGAGAUCGGUGGAUUUGGUAACCGCGAGGUUAUCGAGGAAUUUAUCGAAUGCGUCUACGAGAAUCCGCCAGAAACUAGGGAAGUUACUGAGGUCGGAAUCGUGGAAAACGACGACGUCUUCUACCGCCGGCGAGAGAGAUAGAGAUCUUGAACGUCAGACGGCGGUGACUUUGGGGAUUCUGACGGCGAGGGAUAAACGGAAAGAAGACGCGAAACUACAGCGAUCAACGUCGAGUGCGCAAAGAGCGUUAAAAGGAUUACAGUUUAUAAAUAAAACCACGAGAGGAAAUAGCUGCGUCUGCGAUUGGGAUUGCGAUUGCGAUCAGAUGUGGAAAAAAGUUGAAAAGCGAUUCGAAUCGCUUUCUAAAAAUGGAUUACUCGCCCGAGACGAUUUUGGCGAGUGCGUUGGGAUGGUGGAUUCGAAGGACUUUGCGGUGAGUGUAUUCGACGCGUUGGCUAGGAGAAGAAGACAGAAACUGGAGAAGAUAACGAAAGAUGAACUUCAUGAUUUCUGGUUACAGAUUUCUGACCAAAGCUUCGACGCACGUCUUCAAAUUUUCUUCGACAUGGCUGAUAGUAACGAAGACGGGAAGAUCACUAGAGAAGAAAUCAAAGAACUUCUAAUGCUAAGUGCAUCAGCAAACAAGUUAGCAAAACUCAAGGAACAAGCUGAAGAGUACGCAUCUCUGAUCAUGGAAGAGCUUGAUCCUGAGAAUUUUGGAUACAUUGAGUUAUGGCAACUCGAGACACUCUUACUUCAGAGAGACGCAUACAUGAAUUACAGUAGACCACUUAGCACAACAAGCGGUGGAGUAAGUACACCAAGACGGAAUCUAAUAAGACCUCGUCAUGUGGUUCAAAAGUGUAGAAAAAAACUUCAAUGUCUGAUUCUAGAUAACUGGCAAAGAAGCUGGGUUCUUUUAGUGUGGGUCAUGCUUAUGGCCAUCCUCUUUGUCUGGAAGUUUCUAGAGUACAGAGAAAAAGCUGCGUUUAAGGUCAUGGGGUAUUGUUUAACCACUGCUAAAGGAGCUGCAGAGACUCUUAAGCUCAACAUGGCUCUGGUUUUAUUACCUGUCUGUAGAAACACAUUGACUUGGCUAAGAUCUACACGCGCUCGAGCUUGUGUUCCUUUUGAUGACAACAUCAAUUUCCAUAAGAUUAUUGCUUGUGCCAUAGCGAUUGGGAUACUUGUUCAUGCUGGUACUCAUUUGGCGUGUGAUUUCCCCCGGAUUAUAAACUCGAGUCCAGAACAAUUUGUCUUGAUCGCUUCUGCCUUCAAUGGUACUAAGCCUACAUUCAAAGACCUGAUGACAGGUGCAGAAGGAAUCACCGGGAUCUCGAUGGUGAUCUUGACAACCAUUGCAUUCACAUUAGCAUCAACUCAUUUCAGGAGAAACCGUGUGAGGCUUCCGGCACCACUUGAUCGGUUGACUGGCUUUAACGCAUUCUGGUACACUCAUCACCUUCUAGUGGUUGUCUACAUCAUGCUCAUUGUCCACGGGACCUUCCUGUUCUUUGCUGAUAAGUGGUAUCAGAAAACGACUUGGAUGUACAUCUCGGUUCCUUUGGUGCUCUACGUGGCAGAACGAAGUCUGCGAGCUUGUAGGUCAAAGCAUUACUCUGUCAAAAUCCUCAAGGUUUCCAUGCUACCUGGAGAAGUACUCAGCUUAAUCAUGUCAAAGCCUCCUGGAUUCAAGUACAAGAGCGGUCAGUACAUAUUCUUGCAGUGUCCAACUAUCUCUCGAUUUGAAUGGCACCCAUUUUCUAUUACCUCUGCACCAGGAGAUGACCAACUUAGUGUUCACAUCCGAACACUCGGAGACUGGACAGAGGAGCUACGACGAGUUCUAACUGUGGGCAAAGAUCUUUCAACAUGCGUGAUUGGGCGUUCAAAAUUCUCUGCCUAUUGCAAUAUUGAUAUGAUAAACCGACCAAAAUUACUAGUAGACGGUCCAUAUGGAGCUCCAGCACAGGACUACAGAAGCUAUGAUGUCUUGCUCCUCAUUGGACUGGGAAUAGGAGCUACUCCUUUCAUAAGCAUCCUGAAGGAUCUGCUGAACAAUUCAAGAGACGAACAAACAGACAAUGAAUUCAGCAGAUCGGAUUUCAGCUGGAAUAGCUGUACAUCUUCAUAUACCACAGCAACCCCAACUUCAACACAUGGAGGGAAAAAGAAAGCAGUGAAGGCUCACUUUUACUGGGUCACAAGGGAGCCAGGAUCCGUUGAAUGGUUUAGAGGAGUAAUGGAGGAAAUAUCAGACAUGGACUGCAGAGGCCAGAUUGAGUUGCACAACUACCUUACAAGCGUAUAUGAUGAAGGUGAUGCAAGAUCAACCCUGAUAAAAAUGGUCCAGGCUUUGAACCAUGCCAAACAUGGAGUUGAUAUUCUAUCCGGAACACGGGUGAGAACACAUUUUGCAAGGCCCAACUGGAAGGAAGUCUUCAGUAGCAUAGCAAGAAAGCAUCCAAAUUCGACAGUCGGAGUGUUUUACUGCGGCAUACAAACCGUGGCAAAGGAGUUGAAGAAGCAAGCACAAGACAUGAGUCAAAAAACAACCACACGGUUCGAGUUCCAUAAGGAGCAUUUCUAA